AUGGCACUAACUAAUGAAAGCCGCCCUGAAGAAUUUAUCCUAUUAGGCUUUGCUGACCGUCCUUGGCUGGAGCUUCCUCUCUUUGUCAUUCUUCUGAUAACAUACCCUAUGGCCGUGAUGGGAAACAUCACUAUCAUACUGGUGUCCAAAUUAGAUCCCCGUCUCCACAGCCCCAUGUACUUCUUCCUCACCAACCUCUCCUUUUUGGACAUGUGUUAUACCACAAGCAUUGUCCCUCAGAUGUUAUUUAACCUGGGAAGCUCUAAAAAGACAAUCAGCUACUUGGGCUGUGCAGUUCAGCUUUAUUUCUUCCACAUGAUGGGCAGCACAGAAUGUCUACUCCUGGCUCUCAUGUCCUUGGAUCGCUAUGUGGCCAUCUGCAAGCCUCUUCACUACACCCUCAUCAUGAAUCAGCAAAUCUGUGUCCUCCUAGUAUCCAUUGUGUGGCUGAGUGGAAUGACCUAUGCUGUCUCAGAGGGCACUGUUACAUUACAGUUGCCACUCUGUGGUCUCAACAAACUGGAUCACUUACUGUGUGAGAUUCCUGUUCUGAUAAAGAUUGCCUGUGGUGAAAAGAGUGCUAAUGGGCUCACACUCUUUGUGGUGUGCAUUUUUAUAUUAGCUCUUCCACUCUGCCUAAUUUUUGCUUCCUAUGCUUGUAUUGGGCAUGCUAUGCUGAAGAUUAAGUCUUCUGAGGGAAGGAAAAAGGCCUUUGGGACAUGUUCUUCACAUCUCAUAGUAGUUUUAUUAUUUUAUGGCCCAGGCAUUAGCAUGUACCUUCAGCCCGCCUCUUCCAUCACAGGGGACCAGCCCAAGUUCAUGGCUCUCUUCUAUGGAGUGGUGACACCUACACUCAACCCCUUCAUCUACACGCUUAGGAAUAAAGAUGUGAAGAGGGCAUUAGGCAACCUGGUGAGGAAGAUUUUCACUUCCAGGUGA